AAUACAAGAUGRCGGACGGUGGACGAGGACCGAAAGGUUUGGGAAAAAAUGCCAAAAUUUGUGUUAAAGAGGAGUUCAAAAUAGCCGUCAAGAUCGCACUGGAUAAAUUCAGGCUAGAUGAAACCCAGAAAGAUCUUGAGUUCCCAUCUUCCUUUACUUCAGUGGAGAGAGCCUAUAUCCAUAGGCUUUGCCAGGGUUUAGGAUUGAAGACUAAGAGCCAUGGGAAAGGAAAYGCCAGAUACCUUGUUUCAUCAAAGAAAGAUGUCAAGAAAAGCUCUUCAAAUAGUAAAGUCAAGCUAUCUAGAAUAUCCGGUCAGUGUAUUGACUCUUUGAUGAAGAAAUAUCCUCUUAAUACUAAAGAAAAGCUGGAAUUGCUGCCCAAGACAGAACAACUCUUUGGAAACACAGACAAUGGAAGAGGUAACAAAGAUAACAGGUUCAUUGGAAAACUCAGCAGCACCCCGCCUCAGGUACCCCCACCAAUCAAGGACAAUGAGCUGACAGCAUUUCGUACCUCUUUACCCAUCUUUUCACAGAGAAGUGAGAUUAUCAAGCUCAUUGAUGAGAAUCAGGUUGUCAUGGUUUCUGGAGAAACUGGCUCAGGAAAAACUACACAGGUUACUCAAUUCAUACUUGAAAACUCGUCAUCCAAGUCCACCCCAUGUCGCAUCAUCUGUACACAGCCACGACGAAUAUCUGCACUGUCAGUUGCUGAGAGGGUAGCCAUUGAGAGAGGAGAGAAAAUUGGGCAGGCUGUUGGCUAUCAAAUUAGACUAGAAAGCAGAGUGUCACCGAAGACUKUAUUGACGUACUGCACAAAUGGUGUCCUACUAAGAACACUGAUGCAAGGGGAUAGCUGCUUGUCUUACAUCACUCACAUCAUUGUUGAUGAGAUUCAUGAGAGGGAUAGAUUUGCAGAUUUUCUGCUGAUUGCCUUGCGAGACAUACUUUCUGUGAAUAAGAAAAUCAAACUUAUUCUAAUGAGUGCAGCCUUGGAUAUCAAGCUGUUUGUAGAGUACUUUGGACAUUGCCCUGUUGUCAAUGUUCCUGGCAGGUGUUAUGAAGUGAAAGAACUUUUCUUGGAAGAUAUCCUUGGUUUGACAGGGUAUCAAAAUAAGGCAAUGGAAAAGCAUUUCAAAGAUAAAGUAACAUCAAAAUUGACUGCAACCAGCAAGGCUCUUGAUCAGAGCUUAAGAGAACCUUCAAAAAAACGAGAAAUUCUCAGCAAAGUAGAUUCUACAGCCAAAAGUGGAGCAGAUUCAUCACAAAGUGAGGUUAUGGAGACUAAAAUUGAAGAGUCAAUUGUUGAAGAUUCUGAAAAGAAACUGGAGCAAAACCUAGACUUGCUUGAAGAAGAGCUUGACCUGCUAUCAGUGGAAGAUGUUAAAGAACAAGCAGACAAUGAGGAAAACCUAGUGGACAAAGAGUCACAGGAGAAAGAUUCUGAUCCACAGUUUCUCAUAGAUGAUGUAAAUAAUGAAGAAGAAGACGAUGAUGAUGGAGCAGAUGAUGGAGCAGAUGAUGAUAUCACUGAUGAAACUACAGGUGAUGUCACAGAUGAUGUCACUGAUGAUGUCACAGAUGAUGUCACAGAUGAUGUCACAGACGAAAGCAAUGGUGUUGAUACUAAUGGUGGAUAUGAUGCCAAUGAUGAAGGUGAAGAUCUCAUUCUUGAGGAUGAAGAUGAUGAUGAUGAGGACAUCAAAGAGGGCAUCAAAUCCGAAAAUGCAGUCUGCAAGCAAGAAGAGGACGAUUCCAGUGAUGAAGAAGCUUAUUUAAGAAAGGAAAUGGAUGACAGCAUAUCCGAAGCAUGGCUCAAUGGAAGUGACGAUUCUUUUGUUCAAAUACUUCAUCUCAUAAUGAAUGAAAACAUCAGUGGACAGCACUUGAUUGGGCACAAAAGUGGCAACACUCCGAUAUUAUUGACAUGUUGAAGGCUUACAUGACAUCACCACAAGUUACAUACAAAGACGAUGUGUCACUGGAGAAACAGUCGUCCAAGCUCAGUGAAGAAACCAAAGAAGUGCUUGCUCUUUAUCACAGGACAUUUGAUGACGACAAGGUUGACUUGGAUCUGAUCGUAAGUGUCUUGGCAUACAUUUGCUCACUUGGAAAACAAGGUGCUGUGUUGGUGUUCUUGCCUGGUUAUGAUGAGAUUAUCACCCUAAGGGACAGACUUACGAGUCACCAAGUAUAUGGCAACACUAAUAGAUUUCAGAUAUUUACGCUCCAUUCAUCGAUGCAGCCUUCAGAGCAAAGAAAGGCUUUCAAGAAACUCCCAUCAACGGUGCGAAAAAUAAUAUUGUCUACCAAUAUUGCUGAGACGAGUGUUACUAUUGAUGACGUGGUGUUUGUUAUCGACUGUGGCAAAGUUAAAGAGAAAUCUUUUGACGCUUUGACAUCAGUUUCUACUUUACAACCAGUAUGGAUUUCUAAAGCCAGUGCUGUCCAGAGACAAGGAAGAGCCGGUCGUUGUUCCCCAGGCGUUUGUUUCCAUAUGUUCAGCAGGGUUCGAUAUGAAAGCUUCCAGGCCUACCAAGUCCCUGAACUACUGCGCAUUCCACUACAGGAGUUGUGUCUACAUACCAAAUUACUGGCCGGGCCUUCAACGUCUAUUGCAGAUUUCCUGGCCAAAGCACCAGAACCCCCCGCUUACCUGGUAUUACGSAAUGCUGUCACGUUACUUAAGACCAUCGACGCUCUUGAUAAAUGGGAAGACCUAACUGAUAUAGGCCGCCAUCUUGCUGAUUUGCCCGUGGAGCCUAGGCUGGGUAAAAUGAUACUGUAUUCAGUGGUUCUGAAGUGUAUUGAUCCCGUUGUUACUAUUGCUUGUGCACUGGCCUACAGAGAUCCAUUUGUUCUMCCGAUGUACGCAUCUGAAAAGCGUCUGGCAGCACUAGCCAAGAGAAGGUUUAUUCUAGAUCCGCUUAGCGAUCACUUGCUGUUCGUCAAAGCCUUCAGGGGCUGGCAGCGAGCGAGAGCUGAAGGGAACGACAAGAGUUUUUGCCAAAGAAACUAUUUGUCGCCUGCAACACUGGAAAUGAUGGCGGGCAUGAAAUCUCAGAUAAUAGGGCUUCUCAAAGCCUGUGGUUUCAUACGAGCGCGCGGAGCUGGGGACAUUAGAGACUUGAAUACAAACUCCAACAACUGGGCUGUGGUCAAGGCCGCAUUGUGUGCUGGGAUGUACCCUCGCGUCGCACGAAUCGAUCGCAACACCAGCAAGCUAACCACGCCUAAAGAAUCCAAUGUACGCCUGCAUACGACGUCAAUUCUGUACCAGGCUUCUGACAAGAAUGAGUCUAUUGCUAGUGCCCAGGCUAGGGCCGUGAAGCAGGUUCCUUCURAUUGGCUGGUUUAUGAAGAGAUGACACGUAUGUACACCAACGUUAGCAUCAAGUGUUGCACUGCAAUAUCACCAAUCACUGUCAGCCUCUUCACCGGGCCGAGCCUUUCUUCGCCAAACCUGGAGCCUGGGACCGGAAACUCACGUGACCAAGAUCGGAGAAACAGYGAAAGCCGACGAGACAGCGAAAGCAGCGAYAGCGARACCGAUGAAAAGCCUGGAGACGAGUCACGUGAUAGUGAAGCAGAGCUAAAAUUAGACGAGUGGAUUUCGUUACUUGGUGACGAUGAGACUAUCCAUCUUACAUCGUAUUUGAGGCAUAAGCUACAAGCUUUGUUUAUCAGAAGAAUUCGUUCUCCGUCUAGACCCUGGUCACAAGUGGACGAGGCCAUCGUCAGGGCAACAGUAGCAGUGCUAUCGGCUGAAGAAGAGAUURUGAACCCAAACUUAUACCCCAGGCAGCGAAAAACUAGACCAGAUUAUGUAUCAGAAUCACGGGGAUACCGAGAUGAAAGGCCGCGAACAACAGAAAGAUUUUCUUCUCCGAAAGAUCGUUAUAGAGAUUCCACUGGUCCAAGUUGGAAGACCAGACAAAGUAACUCACCCAUUCCACAGACAACACCAAAAAAGUCUUUCGAAUCGAUUCAACCUCGACAGUCAUUGCAGCAAGGAGACAAGCUUAGCGAGGCUCGUUACUUCAUCAUGAAAUGCAACAAUCAGCGAAAUCUAAGUAUUUCGAUGACCAAGGGAAUCUGGGCCACGACGAUUGCUAAUGAAAAGAAACUGAAUCGUGCAUUCAAGGAAAGCAAAAUGAUAAUCCUCUUCUUCUCUGUCCAAGGAAGUGGGCAUUUUCAAGGAUUUGCACACAUGACAUCCCCUAUUGGUAGAGAGAAGUCCCCAGAGUUUGGUUCCAGUUCUCUAGGAGGAGUAUUCAAGGUGGACUGGAUCAAAAAGGCUAACAUUCCUUUCCAAGAGGCACAUCAUUUAGUUAACCCAUGGAAUGAUAACAAGAAAGUACAAAUAAGCCGCGAUGGUCAGGAGUUGGAACCAUCAGUGGGAAGAGAACUGUGUAAGUUAUGGGACAAAGACCCAAAUGGUAGCAACUCUCGCUACUCAAAGCYGUCCAUGAGUGGAAACAGRAGAGGACGACAGCAAGGACCACUACCAACAGAGCCUCCACCAAACCACUGGAAUCAACCACUACCACAAUCAAGCUAUCAACAGCUAUCAAACAAUCAACAGAUCCUAACUCCACAUGCUGCGUCAAUGCCAAUACCAGUUCCUCUACCAUCACAGCAYUCCCACAACCCACUCAUGCCAGGGGGYUACCCACAUCAGCCUAGGCCCAUGGUAGGUCAGGCUGCUAUUGGGUAUCCCAAUCACGCUGUGGGGAUGCAUCCUGGUGUGGCUCCRGUUAGAUACCCUCAUAAUUCUUCAGUUGUUACAGGAUUACAGUUUCAACAACAAGGACCUGCAGGAUCUGGAAUAUUAAGACCAAAUACCUUUCCUUCUUAGAGACAGGCUCGUCACCAGAACAGAAAAAAGGGGGUUCAUAUUUGCAAAAGGGAGAGGGGGGUUCAUUCUCACACCUUGGAUCCAUCCCUAGCAUUGAACCUAUACAGAAUAUCAUUAUACAAAGGGAUAUACAUAAUUAAUCUUUUCAUUGGAAAUAAGAUAUAGCCAGCUUUCAAAUCCAUAAUUGCUAUUAAAAAAUAUCGAUAUAUCCAACAUUCUGAGGGUCAUCACAUCAUAGCUCAAGGUUUCUCUCACCAUGAAUUCUGCUUAAAGGGAGAGAAACAUUGCACGACACCCUAAGAAUGUCUGCAUAAAAAGCUACUGCCCCCUCCCCUCCCCCCACAAGCCAAUUCUAAUUACUUAAUUCUAGUUAAAAUUCUGUAAAGAGGAAUUCUUUGUUAUCGUCAACCAACAUGGUGGCUACCGAAAAAUCYUUUGAGAUAUUAUAAAUAACAAUGAAACAGCYGCCAUCUUGGUUGACCUAACAAGAGAAGUGUAAUGAGGAAUGCUUUGUUAUCGUCAACCAAGAUGGCGGCUAUGACUUAAUGUGCACCUGCUCUAUAUGAAUUGAGUACAAUUUUUUAAUACUUUUUCAUGAAUCCCCACAUACAAAUCACUUGCAAAUAGACCUACGUAUAAUUUAUUUCCAUGAUAUAUGUUAUAAAAUCUCUUGGGAAGUUAUUAAAUUGUAUCUAUACUAUGGUC